UUUUGGCGCCAAAUCGCGAAGUGAAACGAGGCUAGUUUUUAAAAGCCAACCGCAAAAUGUACCCUUCGAAGGCUCAAUAUUUGAAAUAUGUUGAAGAACAGUGGAAAAUUAGCGGGUAAAACAUUGUUCAUCACCGGCGCAAGCCGUGGAAUUGGGAAGGCCAUUGCAUUAAAAGCUGCCCAAGAUGGAGCAAAUAUUGUUAUCGCCGCUAAAACCACCGAACCUCAUCCAAAACUGCCUGGAACGAUAUACACCGCAGCAAAAGAAGUUGAGGAGGCAGGAGGAAAGUGCCUUCCCUGUGCAGUGGAUAUUCGUGAUGAAAAUGCUGUCAACAGCGCUGUACAAGAGGCUGUAAAGACAUUUGGUGGGAUUGACAUACUUGUUAACAAUGCUAGUGCAAUAAGCCUGACAGGGACCUUGGAUACGCCAGUGAAAAAAUAUGAUCUAAUGAAUAAUAUCAAUGUAAGAGGGACAUUUUUGUGCUCCAAAGCAAUUAUUCCUUAUUUAAAGAAAGCAGAGAAUCCUCACAUUUUAAAUGUGACACCACCUUUAAAUAUCAGACAUGCCUGGUUCAAAGAACACAUUGCAUAUUCAUUGUCAAAAUAUGGAAUGUCAUUGUGUGUCCUUGGAAUGUCUCAAGAAUUCAAGGAUGAUGGGAUUGCAGUUAAUGCACUGUGGCCUAACAAAGGUAUUGCCACUGUUGCUGUCAUGGUUACUGCAGGGAAACAAGGCUUAGUGUACUGUCGAAUAGAUAAGUUUUUUGCUGAUGCUGCAUAUUUCAUGUUGACAAGGGACAGUAAAACUAGGACAGGGGAGUUUCUCUAUGAUGAGGAUGUUCUCAAGGAGGCAGGAAUCACUGACUUUGAACAGUAUUCCUAUAUUCCAGCUGGUGCGCCUGUGCCAGACAGUUUCAUUGAUGGUUAUUCUCCCACACUGCAAGGAAAUGGCUCUAAGGACACCCGGAAAGCUGCCUCUCGUGGGAUUCAAUUGAGACAGGUGGCAGAUAUUUUUGAUGCCAUUACAAAUUUUGUUGAUGAAAAGCUCAUUCAGAAGGUGAAUGCAGUCUUUGAGUUUCAUUUAACAGGAAAGGAACCUGGAGUGUGGUAUCUUGAUCUUAAAAGCAGUACAGGUGAGGUCGGCAAAGGUUCUUUUUCAGGAGAUGAGGUGAACAGUACAAUAAUGUUAGACUCCGAGGACUUUGUUAAAUUGUUCACUGGUGAACUUAAUCCAGCACAAGCAUAUUUGGGAGGAAAACUCCAGAUUACAGGAAGUAUGCAUAAAUUUAUGAGACUGGAGAAUCAGCUCCUUCACAAGAUGAAAUCCAAAUUAUGAACAUUACUGUUUUUGAGAAAAUUUAGUCCUGUACAAAGCAAAAAUAAUAACAAUUAUAGUAAUAAUAAUAAUAAUAGUUAUUGUUAUCAUCUUUGUUGCUUUUAUUAUUUGUUGUUUAAGUAUUGGUAUCAUCAUUACUGUUAAACUGUGUUAAACUUUAUAGAAUUUAGGCCUUUUCUAAAGAUGAAGCUGAAGGUAUUUAAACAUUUUCAUGAUGAGCAAUCCAUGGCUAAUGGGUUUAGUGUAGGACAGGGGAAAGUAAGUAAGGAAGGCUGUGUCACAAGACCAAACACCAGAGUUUCUGGUAGAAAUUAUUAUGUAAAGUUUCACAUAAGAUACUAGGUGUUUUUGUUGCUUUUAUUUCCCAACUGAAUAACCCUGGUACAAAUAUUUCAUAUAAGGUUACCAAAACUGUAUAUUUAAAAUUGUGAACAAAGUUAUACAUUUCAGUUAAGUAGGUCAAAAGAUACUGAGUAACUUUUUCAACAGUAAAAUGAGACAUGUUUGUAAAUAUGUCAUAACUAAGACAGUUGCAAUGCUGUUGUUCAAUUUACUCUACAUUUCACUCUUCCAUCUUUUAGAACAAAGUGUAAAUAUUCAGAAUUUUCUCUACCAGACUGUCAGUAUAUUAAAAAGAGCCUGGGUUUGCUUAUUUCUUUGUAAUUUUGUUUCAUGUUAUUCUCUUCAAUGCUUGAUCAAAUAAACAGACACAAAUUGUGUAGGUAUUGUUUUGACAUUUAAUUGGAAAGCAUUUGUAAUGACCCGUGUUUGAAUUGAGAUCCCAAGCAAUAAGUGGCCAAGUAAAGAUCUUUUCCCUUUCCAUAGAAGGAUUUCGAGUAUUAAUUAGUUCUUAUUAACAGAGCGGGAGGUCUGUAUGGGAGAAUCUUGA